AUGUGCCGGCUCUUCGACAUCCUGCUGGCGCUGCUGAGCCGCUUCCUGUUCGCCGCGCACGGCGUGGUGACUGUGUGGCGGGUGGUGGCUGUGAAGGGCGAGCCCAUGUACUGGCUGCUGCUGACCGGCGUCGCCCUGCUGGGCGUGGAGAUGGCCAUCACCCUCAAGUGCACCCGCAACGCCGAGUGGAAAUGGUUCUCCCCGAUGGUCUUCCUGUACCUCAGCACUGUCAUUCCCUCCAUCUGGUUUUUGGAACUCAACCUGCUGCAUUCGAAGCUGCCGGCCAACGGUUCCUCUGGGAGCGAUCUUCACCUCCUCUCUCACAUACCGAUUGCGGUGGGCCUGGUUCAGCUGGACCCAGAGAACUGGGCUGCCGGGCUGGAGCAGACCAUGCUCAUUGUGCUGGUGCUGGGGCGGUGGCUCAUGCCCAAGGGCGACAUGUCCCGGGACCAGCUGUCCCAGCUCCUCAUGGUCUACGUGGGCCUGGGCGCGGACAUCCUGGACAUUUUCGACACCUUCAAGGAGCCGGAGGUCAAAACCAACCGGGCCGUCAUUCUGGCCGGUCUCAGCCUGUUCACCUGGGCCCUGAUGCAGUUCCCCCUGGUGCUGACCCAAACCAGUCCCCUGAAGGCUCCACUGGCUGGGCCCGGCGGGGCGGCAGAGGACGCCGGGGGGCGAGGUGGCACGGGCGGUGCGGCGGGCGACCCCUGUGGCUACUGCUGCUCCAGCGAGGUGUGGAGCCUGCUGCUGACAGUGGGCCUGCAGGAUGGGCCCUUCCUGGUGUACCGCCUCUACCUGAUGGUCCGGGAGCGGGUGCUCAACCAGCUGAUGAUCUUCUUCACCUGCAAGAACAUCCUGGUCGUCCUGCUGGAGAUAUACCGCAUCCUGGUGGUCCAGUGUGAGCGUGGUCAGCUGCCAGGCCCGGGGCGGUGCAGUAUGCCUUGUGGCGAAGCUGAACUCGGGUGCGGAGAGAGCGGAGAUCCGAGCUGUCAGGCACAGACUCUGUGA